CGCACGAUAGAAUAAUAUUUACCCCGGGUGACCUUCCUGCGCGUUUUCAUCCAUUUCCCACCCCUUAGGUAAUUCCGCAAAGCCAUGGACCGCAAGGCUUUUGAUAUUCAGCCCAUUGGCCGCUUCUACGAAGCCAGUGCUGCCAUCCGGCGUCCAAAGGAAAUCGCAUGUUUCUCUUAUGAUGACGAGCAUAAGUUUCACCUUGGGGAGUCAUCCAUGAAAUACUAUUAUCCGCCACCUCUUCCUGCGGAUCUUAACCGUGGGUUUGAGUCUUUCCAGAAGUUAGAUGAUUCCGCCGAUGAACAUCUUGAUGCUUUGCUAGAGACAAUUAUGGCCCUAGAAAAAGAAACAGCGAAGCAAUGCGAAGCUGAUAUUGUUACCUGGAGAGGUAUGAUGACCAAGAUCCUUGCCGCUCCAUUUGAUCACUUAAACGGAUUUGAAAUGAAUGCGACCUGUUUCCAGGGAACUAUCUUUAUUGAAGAGAACAACAGCUAUAAGAAUGAGCAAAAGCAGAUCCAAAAGAAUCAGCGAAUGCCUCCCGGGAUGGCUUCCCAGGAGCUGAUGGCCUACUGGGGUUAUAAAUUUGAAGCUUUGUCUGUCCUUAACCAGCCGUGGGAUCCAACUCCUCGCAAAGAGAUUGAAUACCGUGAAGAGCUCGUCGUAAACAACAAUGCUCAGUAUUGUUCCGUGGUCCGCACCGCCAUAGGCCGCACACGGCUAGUCAUCGGUGGAGAGGUAGAUGCCGUCUGGGACUGCAAACCUGGUCGAAAGGAAGACCCUAUCCAUUGGGUGGAACUCAAGACCUCGGCCGAGAUAAGGAAUGACCGGGACAUGGUCAAAUACGAGAGAAAGCUCUUAAAGUUCUGGGCUCAAUCAUUCUUGCUCGGUGUACCCAAAAUUAUCGUCGGCUUUCGUGACCAGCAAGGCAUUGUCCAUCGUCUUGAGGAGCUUGAGACCGCCUCCAUACCAGCAAAAGUCAAGCAGGUUGGCCGAGGAACUUGGGACGGAAAUAUUUGCAUCAGUUUUGCUGCUACAUUUCUCGAAUGGCUCAAAUCCACCAUCCAUGAAGAAGGCACCUGGAGAAUACGCAAACGCGAGAAGUCGUCGCUUAUCGAAGUCUUCAAACUGGAAGAGAGCGGGACUGGUGAUAUCAUCUCCCCGGCUUUUUCGGCUUGGAGAUCUAAAAAAUGAGCCAUGCAAGCGCUGGACCAUUGGUUCCUCCCUAUCUCCAAUGGUCCAGUAUAUAUGGACUGCUCCACGAAGGAAGAGAAUGUGACCACCAAAGCAAAUUCACAUACGCGGUAGAACUGCAUUCUACGUCGCUAACUUGACAGGGACAUGCAUAACUUCUUGACUUG